AUGUCCUCAAUUGCUGAUACGUCUAAUCUAAUUACUCCUUCUUCUUAUGUGGGUUUCGAUACAAUUACCGCCCAAAUUGAACAUCGCUUAUUAAAGAGAGGUUUUCAAUUUAACAUAAUGGUCGUUGGCCAUUCGGGUCUAGGUAAGAGUACUUUGAUAAACAGUUUGUUUGCUUCCCAUUUGAUAGAUUCUUCAACUGGUAAGGACAUAACCAAGGAGCCAAUUACGAAAACCACUGAAAUUAAAGUUUCUUACCAUUCAUUGGUUGAAGAUAAGGUUCGUCUAAAUGUGAACUGCAUUGAUACGCCAGGUUUUGGUGAUCAGAUCAACAACGAUAAAGUUUGGGAACCUAUUGUCAAAUACAUCAAAGAACAACACUCCCAGUAUUUGCGUAAGGAGUUGACUGCGCAACGUGAGAAACACAUUGUGGACACCCGUGUUCACGCAGUGUUAUACUUCAUUCAACCAAACGGUAAAGGUCUAACGCAGUUAGAUAUUGCUGCGUUGAAGAGGUUGACUGAUAUUACCAACGUUAUCCCAGUCAUUGCUAAAGCCGACACAUUAACUAUGGAUGAAAGAUCUAGAUUUAGAGACAUCAUCCAGCAAGAAUUCAAAAAGCAUAAUUUUAGAAUAUAUCCCUAUGAUUCUGAUGACCUGACGACAGAGGAAUUGGAACUAAACGACAGUAUAAGGUCGAUUAUCCCAUUUGCAGUUGUUGGUUCCGAAAAGGAAAUAACAAUUAAUGGUGACGUUGUAAGAGGUAGAAAGACACGCUGGGGUGCGAUCAAUUUAGAAGACAUUAAUCAGUGUGAAUUUGUCUACUUGAGGGAAUUUUUGAUCAGAACCCACUUACAAGAUUUAAUUGAAAGUACUGCCUUAAUCCACUAUGAAAGCUUCAGAUCCAAGCAAUUGAUUGCUCUAAAAGAAAAUGCUAACUCUCGCGUAACUGGUCACUCUGCUCAAAAUUCUAGUACCAACAUGUUACGUUAA